UCCCUGCAACCGCAAUCAUGUUACAUAAAGCCGAGUAAAAGUGUACAAACAAAAUAAAUGGUGUAAGUAACUUGUUAUAAACUCCAAUUAUAUGCUUUAUUUUCUCGAGAUUUAUCUGCAAAGCUUGAAAGAUGUGAUAAAUUGUGACUAAAUAUUGAACAAAUUAAAUGUCCACCGAAAUUAAAACUAAUGAAUAGCAUCAUGUUCGAUGCCAACUAUUUGACUUCACACGCUUAAUAACUAAUAACUGGACCACUUCAUUAUUAGCGUGUGCUUGAUUUUUAUUCUGUUCUAAACAACCAAAAUAACAUUUUAAAAUGCUAGGCCAUCCUUAUGUGAUGGGCAUGAUAGCCCAACAGCAGGCGUUUGCUGCUCAGCUAGCCCAUGCACAGGCUCAAGUUCAGAUGCAGCAACAACAAAUGCAACAGCAGCAGCAAAUAUUAAAACAGCCUGAAAUACUAUCCGAAGAAAAGCUUCAGGAGAAAGCUAGAAAGUGGCAGCAACUGCAAAGUAAGAGGUAUGCUGAAAAACGUAAAUUUGGUUUUGUUGAUGCCCAAAAAGAAGAUAUGCCCCCUGAGCAUAUCAGAAAAAUUAUUCGUGAUCAUGGUGACAUGAGUAGUAGAAAAUAUCGCCAUGAUAAAAGAGUUUAUUUGGGAGCUUUAAAAUAUAUGCCUCAUGCAGUUUUGAAACUAAUGGAGAAUAUGCCAAUGCCUUGGGAACAGAUCCGCGAUGUUAAAGUGUUAUACCACAUAACAGGUGCCAUAACAUUCGUCAAUGAAAUCCCUUGGGUAAUUGAACCUGUAUAUAUUUCUCAAUGGGGAACUAUGUGGAUUAUGAUGCGAAGAGAAAAACGAGAUAGGCGACACUUUAAACGUAUGAGAUUCCCACCAUUCGACGAUGAAGAACCACCUCUAGAUUAUGCUGAUAACAUUCUUGAUGUGGAACCUCUUGAAGCCAUUCAGAUGGAAUUAGAUUCAGAAGAAGAUUCACAAGUAUGCAAGUGGUUUUAUGAUCAUAAACCAUUAGUUGAUACCAAACAUGUCAAUGGUACAACUUAUCGUCGUUGGAAUUUGGCUCUCCCUCAACUUGCAACUUUAUAUCGACUUGCAAAUCAGCUGUUGACAGAUUUAGUUGAUGAUAAUUAUUUUUAUCUAUUUGAUCUCAAAUCAUUCUUCACAGCAAAAGCGCUCAAUAUGUCUAUCCCUGGUGGACCAAAGUUUGAACCUUUAAUCAAAGAUGCAAGUCCUGCUGAUGAAGAUUGGAACGAGUUCAAUGACAUCAACAAAAUUAUUAUACGUCAGCCUAUACGUACAGAGUAUCGAAUUGCUUUCCCAUAUCUGUAUAAUAAUUUACCUCAUUAUGUACAUCUCUCUUGGUAUCAUGCACCCAAUGUAGUGUUCAUUAAAACAGAAGAUCCUGAUUUGCCUGCAUUUUAUUUUGAUCCUUUGAUUAAUCCUAUAUCUCACAGACAUGCUGUAAAAGGAGCAGAACCUUUACCAGAUGAUGAUGAAGAUUUUGAACUUCCAGAAUUUGUUCAACCAUUUCUUCAAGAUUGCCCUUUGUAUACUGAUAAUACAGCAAAUGGCAUUGCACUUCUAUGGGCACCUAGGCCAUUCAAUUUGCGUUCUGGUCGAACCAGAAGAGCCAUUGAUGUUCCACUUGUAAAAUCUUGGUAUCGCGAACAUUGUCCUCCUGGAAUGCCUGUUAAAGUAAGAGUAUCUUAUCAAAAGUUACUGAAGUAUUAUGUCUUAAAUGCUCUUAAACAUAGACCUCCUAAACCUCAAAAGAAAAGAUAUUUGUUCAGAUCAUUUAAGUCUACCAAAUUCUUCCAAACAACUACUCUUGAUUGGGUAGAAGUAGGCCUUCAUGUUUGCCGUCAAGGUUAUAACAUGUUGAAUUUACUUAUUCAUCGAAAAAAUUUGAACUACCUUCAUUUAGAUUAUAAUUUCAAUCUGAAGCCUGUUAAAACUUUAACUACCAAAGAAAGGAAGAAAUCAAGAUUCGGUAAUGCUUUUCAUUUAUGUAGAGAAAUACUUCGAUUAACUAAGCUGGUUGUUGACAGUCACGUACAAUAUCGUUUGAAUAAUGUUGAUGCAUUCCAAUUGGCAGAUGGCUUGCAGUAUAUAUUUGCUCAUGUAGGUCAACUGACUGGCAUGUAUCGUUACAAAUAUAAACUUAUGAGACAAAUUCGAAUGUGUAAAGAUUUAAAGCAUUUAAUCUACUAUAGAUUCAAUACUGGACCGAUUGGUAAAGGACCUGGCUGUGGCUUUUGGGCACCUGGAUGGAGAGUUUGGUUAUUUUUUAUGCGUGGUGUAACUCCACUCCUUGAAAGAUGGCUGGGUAAUUUACUUUCUCGUCAAUUUGAAGGAAGACACUCUAAAGGUGUAGCUAAAACUGUAACUAAACAGCGUGUUGAAAGUCAUUUUGAUCUUGAGCUUAGAGCAUCUGUUAUGCAUGAUAUAUUAGAUAUGAUGCCUGAGGGUAUGAAACAAAAUAAAGCCAGAACCAUUUUGCAACAUUUAAGUGAGGCAUGGCGUUGCUGGAAAGCAAACAUUCCUUGGAAAGUGCCUGGUUUGCCUACACCCAUUGAGAACAUGAUAUUACGUUAUGUAAAAAUGAAAGCGGAUUGGUGGACCAAUACGGCUCAUUACAAUCGUGAGAGAAUAAGAAGAGGAGCCACAGUUGACAAAACUGUGUGCAAGAAAAAUCUUGGACGAUUGACUCGCUUAUAUUUGAAAGCUGAGCAGGAAAGACAACAUAACUAUUUGAAAGAUGGGCCUUAUAUUAGUGCUGAAGAAGCAGUUGCUAUAUACACAACAACAGUCCAUUGGUUAGAGAGCCGCAGAUUUUCACCUAUUCCAUUCCCACCUCUUUCAUAUAAACAUGAUACUAAACUUCUCAUUCUAGCUCUGGAGCGUCUUAAAGAGGCAUACAGUGUAAAAAGUAGAUUGAAUCAAUCCCAACGAGAAGAGUUGGGUUUGAUUGAACAAGCUUAUGAUAAUCCUCAUGAAGCUCUUUCUCGUAUCAAGCGUCAUCUGUUAACUCACAGACAAUUCAAAGAAGUUGGAAUCGAGUUUAUGGACCUGUAUAGUCAUUUGAUACCUGUGUAUGAUGUUGAGCCAUUAGAAAAAAUUACUGAUGCCUAUCUUGAUCAGUACCUUUGGUAUGAAGCUGACAAAAGAAGAUUGUUUCCUCCUUGGAUUAAACCAGCUGACUCAGAACCUCCUCCACUCUUGGUUUAUAAAUGGUGUCAAGGGAUUAAUAACUUGCAAGAUGUUUGGGACACUUCUGAAGGAGAAUGUUGUGUAAUGCUAGAGUCUCGCUAUGAGAAAAUGUACGAAAAGAUAGAUUUAACUCUAUUGAAUAGGCUUCUAAGAUUGAUUGUUGAUCAUAACAUUGCUGAUUACAUGACAGCUAAGAGUAAUGUAGUUAUUAACUACAAAGAUAUGAAUCAUACUAAUUCUUAUGGAAUAAUAAGAGGACUUCAGUUUGCAUCAUUUAUUGUGCAGUAUUAUGGCCUAGUUUUAGAUCUUUUGGUAUUGGGUCUUCAGAGAGCUAGUGAAAUGGCGGGACCACCUCAAAUGCCUAAUGACUUUUUGACUUACAAGGAUGUGGCUACUGAAACAACUCAUCCCAUUCGAUUAUAUUCAAGAUACAUAGAGCGGAUGCAUAUCUUUUUCCGUUUCACUGCAGAAGAUGCUCGUGAUUUAAUACAGCGAUAUCUCACGCAACAUCCUGAUCCUAAUAAUGAGAACAUUGUGGGAUACAAUAAUAAGAAAUGCUGGCCUAGGGAUGCUAGAAUGCGAUUGAUGAAACAUGAUGUUAAUUUGGGCCGGGCUGUAUUUUGGGACAUCAAAAACAGGCUCCCACGUUCUGUUACAACUGUUCAGUGGGAAAGCAGUUUUGUUUCAGUGUACAGUAAAGAUAAUCCCAACUUGUUAUUUAACAUGAGUGGCUUUGAGUGUCGUAUCCUUCCAAAAUGUCGUAUGACGCAUGAAGAAUUCACACAUAAAGAUGGUGUAUGGAAUUUACAAAAUGAAGUAACCAAAGAAAGAACAGCCCAGUGUUUCUUACGAGUAGAUGAUGAAUCUAUGCAAAGAUUCCAUAAUCGGGUUAGGCAAAUUUUGAUGGCAUCUGGUUCAACAACAUUUACUAAAAUCGUGAACAAAUGGAACACUGCCUUGAUUGGUUUGAUGACAUAUUUCAGAGAAGCUGUUGUUAAUACCCAAGAACUUUUAGAUUUACUUGUAAAAUGUGAGAACAAAAUUCAGACUCGAAUAAAAAUUGGUCUGAAUUCAAAGAUGCCCAGUCGAUUUCCGCCAGUUGUAUUUUACACCCCAAAAGAACUUGGUGGCCUUGGAAUGUUAUCCAUGGGUCAUGUGUUGAUUCCACAGUCUGAUCUAAGAUGGUCAAAACAAACUGAUGUUGGAAUUACACAUUUCCGAUCAGGCAUGAGCCAUGAUGAAGAUCAAGUCAUUCCUAACUUGUACCGUUACAUUCAACCUUGGGAAAGUGAGUUUAUUGAUUCUCAAAGAGUAUGGGCUGAAUAUGCUUUAAAAAGACAAGAAGCUUUGGCUCAAAACCGACGUUUAACUCUUGAAGACUUAGAAGAUAGUUGGGAUCGUGGUAUACCUAGAAUUAAUACCCUCUUUCAAAAAGACAGACAUACUCUUGCUUAUGACAAAGGGUGGAGAGUCCGUACUGAUUUCAAGCAAUAUCAAGUUUUGAAACAAAAUCCAUUUUGGUGGACUCAUCAGAGACAUGAUGGUAAACUCUGGAAUUUGAACAAUUAUCGUACUGAUAUGAUCCAAGCAUUAGGUGGUGUUGAAGGUAUCUUAGAGCACACUUUAUUCAAAGGUACAUAUUUUCCAACUUGGGAAGGAUUGUUUUGGGAAAAAGCAAGUGGCUUUGAAGAAUCUAUGAAGUAUAAGAAACUGACCAAUGCGCAGAGAUCUGGUUUGAAUCAAAUUCCAAAUCGUAGAUUCACUUUAUGGUGGUCACCAACUAUAAAUAGAGCUAAUGUUUACGUUGGUUUCCAAGUACAACUUGAUUUGACUGGAAUAUUUAUGCAUGGUAAAAUACCAACUUUGAAAAUUUCAUUGAUCCAAAUUUUCAGAGCCCAUUUGUGGCAAAAAAUUCAUGAAAGCAUUGUGAUGGAUCUUUGUCAAGUUUUUGAUCAAGAGUUAGAUGCUUUAGAAAUAGAGACAGUGCAAAAGGAAACUAUACAUCCUAGAAAAUCAUAUAAAAUGAACAGCUCAUGCGCAGAUAUUUUAUUGUUUGCUGCAUAUAAAUGGAGUUGUUCAAGACCCAGUUUACUAGCUGAUUCAAAAGACACUAUGGAUGUUACAACUACACAGAAAUAUUGGAUAGAUGUUCAGUUACGAUGGGGAGAUUACGAUUCACAUGACAUUGAAAGAUAUGCCAGAGCUAAAUUCUUAGAUUAUACAACUGAUAACAUGAGUAUUUACCCUUCUCCAACUGGUGUCUUGAUUGCUAUUGAUUUGGCCUACAAUCUUCAUAGUGCUUAUGGAAAUUGGUUCCCAGGAGCAAAACCUUUAAUUCAACAAGCUAUGGCUAAAAUAAUGAAAGCUAAUCCUGCACUGUAUGUGUUACGAGAAAGAAUAAGGAAAGGUUUGCAGUUAUAUUCUUCUGAACCUACUGAGCCUUACUUAUCCUCACAAAACUAUGGUGAGCUCUUUUCAAAUCAAAUUAUUUGGUUCGUUGAUGAUACCAAUGUGUACAGAGUCACUAUCCACAAAACCUUUGAAGGUAAUUUGACUACAAAGCCAAUAAAUGGGGCAAUUUUUAUAUUCAAUCCUCGAACAGGCCAAUUAUUUUUGAAAAUUAUUCAUACUUCAGUAUGGGCUGGACAGAAACGUCUAGGACAGUUGGCAAAAUGGAAAACUGCUGAAGAAGUUGCUGCAUUGAUUCGUUCAUUGCCAGUGGAAGAGCAGCCUAAGCAAAUCAUUGUUACCAGAAAAGGCAUGUUAGAUCCACUUGAAGUACAUUUGCUUGAUUUUCCAAAUAUUGUUAUCAAAGGUAGUGAACUUCAGUUGCCGUUCCAAGCUUGUUUAAAAGUGGAAAAGUUUGGAGAUUUGAUUUUAAAGGCCACUGAACCUCAGAUGGUUCUUUUCAAUUUAUAUGAUGAUUGGCUGAAGACCAUAUCAUCUUAUACUGCCUUUUCUCGUUUGAUUCUGAUAUUGAGAGCUUUACAUGUGAAUAAUGAACGAACAAAAGUUAUUUUAAAACCUGAUAAAACUACUGUUACAGAACUCCAUCAUAUUUGGCCCUCCCUGUCUGACGAAGAGUGGAUAAAGGUGGAAGUUCAAUUGAAAGAUUUAAUCCUGGCUGAUUAUGGAAAAAAGAAUAAUGUAAAUGUUGCUUCCUUAACGCAAUCAGAGAUAAGAGAUAUAAUUUUGGGUAUGGAAAUAUCAGCUCCUUCUGCUCAAAGGCAGCAAAUUGCAGAGAUUGAGAAGCAAACUAAAGAACAAACACAACUAACUGCUACAACUACUCGCACUAUAAAUAAACACGGUGAUGAAAUCAUCACUUCAACGACCAGUAAUUAUGAGAAAGAUACAUUUGCAUCCAAGACAGAAUGGCGAGUUCGAGCCAUAUCAGCAACCAAUCUUCAUUUGCGAACGAAUCAUAUUUAUGUUUCAUCUGAUGACAUCAAAGAAACUGGAUAUACAUAUAUCCUACCAAAAAAUAUUUUGAAAAAAUUUAUAAUUGUGUCAGAUCUACGAACUCAAAUUGCUGGAUAUUUGUAUGGAGUCAGUCCAGCUGAUCAACCUCAAGUAAAAGAAAUCAGGUGCAUUGUUAUGGCACCACAAUGGGGCACUCACCAGAUGGUACAUCUACCAAAUCUUUUACCGAAUCAUGAAUACUUGCAAGAAAUGGAACCCCUCGGUUGGAUCCACACUCAACCUAAUGAGUUGCCACAACUCUCCCCCCAGGAUGUCACUACACAUGCCAGCAUUAUGAAUGAUAAUCCAACUUGGGAUGGUGAAAAAACUAUUGUUAUAACAUGCAGUUUUACACCAGGAUCAUGCUCUCUUACUGCUUAUAAGUUAACUCCUAGUGGCUACGACUGGGGACGUCAAAACACUGAUCGAGGAAAUAAUCCAAAAGGAUACUUGCCAUCUCAUUAUGAAAGAGUCCAAAUGUUGUUAACUCAUCGUUUCCUUGGAUUCUUUAUGGUUCCUGCCCAAGGUUCCUGGAAUUAUAAUUUCAUGGGUGUAAGACAUGAUGUAGGAAUGAAGUAUGAUUUGCAACUUGCCAAUCCCAAAGAAUUUUACCAUGAACUCCAUAGACUCUCACACUUUUUGAACUUUAGUAAUAUUGAAGAUAGUGAAGGUGUUGGUGCAGACAGAGAAGAUCAUUUUUCAUAACUUUAAUAAGCUGCAGAACUGUUUUAUGUGUAUUUUGUAAUUGAGUUUUUAUUGAAUUUAUUUUUCUUUACGUAAAAAUACAAAUUGUAUCAUCAUAUACCUUUUUGUUAAGCAUUUAAAUUUGCAACUUGAACCUAAUUUUUCCUUAUAUGAGACUUUAAAUUCAUAAUGUGUAUUUUAUAUGUUAAUUUGAUAAGUUUGUUCAUCAAAAGAUACUGGGAAAUUUUUUAUACAUCUUAACUGUUAUGUAUUUUAAAGUAACAUUAUGUGAAAUAUAAAAUAAAGCUAUAAAAUUA